AUGCCGGGCGUACCCACAGGCCGUGCAUGUGAGGGCUGCCGCAAGCAAAAGAAAAAGUGCGAUGAGAAAAAACCGGCUUGCUCUCGAUGCCUCCGAUUAGAUAUCUUGUGCGUCGGUUCAGGGGAGCGGAGGUUCAAAUUUAAGGAAGAACGUCGUUUCACGAAGAGCCCGGAAACGGACGACGAACGAAGUAUUAUACCGAAGCAGGAAUCUCCGGAUUAUGCAGCGGCCUCCGCCAUAUCAGCGGCCGGGAGAGCAGCUAGAACUAUCUUCUUGCCCCCCUCGAACGAACUGACUUUCCUGACGAGCGUCUUUGUCCAAACGCUCAAACCUUCUACUGAUUUGAGAUACAACCUGGUUUGGAACUAUGGCGGUUUUUUGGCCGAGGUUCCUCAGAGACUAGGCACCAAUGAAGCGUUAGACGCAUCCGUCUAUGCUGUUUGUGCUGCCCAUUCCAGCUUUUGUGUCUACAAAGAUAUAUCCGUCGAAGCAUUAACGAAAUAUUCUCACGCCCUUCGCAUGCUGAGGGUCUGCUUGGAUGAUCCUGUAAAGGCUUCGAGCCCUGAGACACUCUGCGCAGUUAUGAUGCUAUUGAUAUGUCAGGCUUUUAUUGGCACAGGGGGAAGUUCCUUUACAGGGCAUUGCGAAGGAGCUGCAAAAAUACUCAAAGCCCGACAGUAUACUACCCCUCAAAAUGAUUUUGAAGCCAAAUUAAUCCUUUCUUUACGUGGUCCUGUUCUCUUCGAAGGUCUGUGGAACGAUAGAAUUGAUUUAACUCCGUAUGAAUGGGAAAGCAUUGUCGGUAGCCAUUACGAUUCACAUGUUCCAGAGGGCCGCUUAAUGUUCAUGUUCUCGCGUGUUCCAUGCUUUAUGCAGCGCGCACGAAGUGCAAUAGAUCAACAUGAGAUUUCAGCGCUUUUCGAGGAAAUGAAGCCAAUUUACGAAGCCUCGUGGGAAAUUGUGAAUAAAAUGCAGUCCAACUACGAUGAAGUCAACGCGAUCCCAGCCCACAACCGUUCUCGAUUUCUUCACGCAAACCAUCAACGCAUAUAUUCCCUAGGACUGGUCAUCGUCACAGUCUUCAAUUGCAUGUUGAAAGCAUUGGACCCAGGGAACCUCAGAUACAAGUCCGAAUCAAUGGACCUGGUGAAUAAAAUUCUAGUUUUAUGCGACGAGUCCCAUGAUUACAGACCCCUGGGGGCUAGUUGUAAUAUUCUUGCUCUCAUGGUAGCAUGGGUGGCCAACACAGAUCCCAUCACGAAAUGCAUCAUCGAGGCUGCGAUAGCCGACUACCAAAGCGAUUAUCCAGUGCGAACGUUGGAGGGAAUGUCUGAAUCUUUACGAAUUAUAGACAGACAUCUGAGGCUUUUCCUUUGA